UCACCAACAGCCGCUAAUAAAGGAGCGAAGAAGAAGAAGAGGAAGCGGAGGCAGAGGUCAGAGGUGAAAGUUGAACCAAGUGAAAACAUGGUUGAACACGGGGACAUCCGCGUGGUUCACCGAGGUGGCAGUAAAAUAAACUUCAGGGAGCCUGUCAUCACCACCGACUCGAAGUUCCUGCUAUGCGCCUCAGGAGAAUGUGUGAAGGUGUUCAGCACCUCCACAGAGGAGUGUAUCCACGACCUGCGGGGUCACACAGACCUGGUCACAGGUGUGCUGCUCAAACCCUCCAACCACCUGCAGGUCUACUCUUGCUCAGCAGAUGGCACUGUCCGCCUUUGGGACUUCACAGACGGGAUUCUCAUUAAGACUUAUGUCAUUGGAUGCCCGAUUUACUCCAUCUACGCCUCAGCAAACCAUGAGGGAGUCAUCUUCAUCGUUACCCCCGUGCUAACUGACAAAAGAUCCGAGCUGUUCCAGCUGGUGGCGGUACAUCUGCCUCAGAGUGGAGAUCAGCUGGUGGAGGCCCGAGAGUUUUCUGCCGUGCUCAGCGACGUCAGCUCCAACCCGGAGGCCAUCGCCUUCGGCAGAGGGGGGGAAUUUAUCGCCUCAGCUAAAGGUUUGCAGCUGGAGAGCUAUUUCUUCAAGAAGCAGAAGUCAUACAGGUUUUCCCUCAAAGAAGACAACAAGAAGGGAGGCAAGAACACAUUCACAUGCGUCGCCUGUCACCCGCAAGACGACUGCAUCGCCACGGGCCACGCGGACGGAAAGAUUCGCUUGUGGAGAAACUUUAACCACAAGAAGGAGUACACGUACUCGACUCUUCACUGGCACCACAGCGCCGUCAGCUCGCUGCGCUUCACCCCAGAAGGAACCAACCUGCUGAGCGGAGGCGUGGAGUCGGUGCUCGUCCAGUGGAGAUACAAUCAAGAGAGCCAGCGGGACUUCCUGCCCCGCCUGGGCGCCACCAUCACACACAUCGCUGUCUCACCUGACGGAGCUCUGUUCUGUACCUCACACGCAGACAACAAAAUCACGAUCAUCCAGAGUUGUGUGAAAGUGUCGGCGGUCAUUCAGGGUCUGGUCAAAGGAGAAAGUGUCAGAUCAGACCUGAUGGUGGAUCCGCGCAGCAAAGCCCUGGUGCUGAACGGGAAACCGGGCCACCUGCAGUUUUACUCGCUCCAAAGAGACAAACUGCUGUUCAACCUGGACAUUGUACAGCAGGAGUACAUUCAUGAGUCGGGCCUGCAGCAGUUCGAGGUGGUGAAGGCGGCUUUCGAUGCCUCUGGCAACUGGCUGGCAACGGUCGAAGAGAGAAAACAGAAAGCAGCUGAGCUGGAGCUGAAUUUAAAACUGUGGGCAUUCGAUGAACAAACACAGAGUUUUGUGCUGAACACGACCAUCUCGGCCCCCCACGAGGCCCGGAUUACAGCCAUGUGCUUUUGCCACGCUGCCGACAGCCAGACCACCAUGCUGGUCUCCGCCAGCAAAGACGGGCACUUCAAAGCCUGGCAGCUGGCCGCCCCAGCCCACACAGAGGAUGAAGGUCCAUCCUGGUCGUGUGAUUUCGUCGGAGCCUAUCACAGCCUGGCGCCUGAAUGCUGCUGUUUCUCAGCCGAUGGCUCUCUGUUGGCCGUCAGCUUUCAGGAGGUGGUGACUGUGUGGAGCCCGGCCUCCUGGGAGCUCCUGACAACUCUGUCCCAGCCGCCGGGAGCUAUCAGGGAUCUUUGUUUUGGGCGACUGAGCUGCUCCAAAUAUCUGCUGGGAACUACAACGAAGAACCUGCUCUGCUGCUGGAAUCUGCUCACCUGCUCCUUGGAGUGGAGCACCUCCAUGGACGUCAGCCUGCUGCUGGCCGACCCCGUCUCUGAGAACAUCACUGCCUUCUGCUUCCAGGAAGGAUGCACCGACUUGUUUGUCUUUAAGCCCAGCGAGCCUCGGCCGCUGUUUUCCCAGAAGGCCGUGUGUUCGGGGAAAGUGACGCGCGCUGUCUUUGCCCCGAGGGACGAGAUGUUGGAGAGCUGCGAGGAGAGCAGCCAAUGGCUGAACUGCUCCCAGCUCUACUUCCUCACUCAGUACAUGGACCUCAUGACCUUCACCACCAAGGCGGAAGAGGAGCGACUGAUGGCGUCCAGCAAACAGCUGGUGGUUGAUGACAGCGUCGCCAUGACGCCGUUCUACCUGUUGCUGGGGAAACACCGGCAGCAACAAGAGGAGAAUCAAGACUCGCUGAGCGUCCUGUCCGCUGAGCGAGAGCAGCUCCCUCAGGGCUCCGUCGCUGUCAAGGAGCUCCUGCAGACGCCGGCACACGUCCUGCCCUCCACCUCUUUCCUCUGCUCCAUGUUCGUACAGUCUCUGCUCAUCUCCGUCACAGACACCAGGGAGGAAAAACAACAUGCGGAGGAGGAGGAAAUGGAGAGCGAGAAAGAGGAAGAGGAUUCAGAGGAGGAAAUGGAGUCCAGUACCUCGAGACCGAAGCAGGCGUCAGUUGGAGGCCAAGCAGCGGAGUCUGCAGCCCCCCCUCUGACAAAAGCUCAGGUCAGAGAGCUGAGGAGGGUGAAGAAACUCGACCACAGCUGGCUCAGCAGCGUCCUGGACUGCUAAACAUGAUCUUGUAAAAAGACACUUGCAGAGAUACAGUGCUUAUAGGAAGUGUGACCAUCCACCAUGGAUUUUUUUUAUGUUUUAUUGUUUUACAACAGUGGAUCUCAUUUGGAUAAAAAAAUACAGAAGCAAAAAAAAGUGUCAAAUCUGUGCAAAUAUGUUAACAGAAAAUACUUGAUAGUAAAGUAUUCGUCCUUUUCACAACAGUAUUGUUUUGUUCAUCUGACAAAUAUAUAUCAGUGUGAAUGAAAAUAACAUUUUUCUCUGUAAAACUGUUAUGUUUCAUGAGGAAAGUGUGUGAACCACAAACAGGACUGGCUUGAGGUCUGGACUCUUGUUUCAUGUUUUGGGGUCAUUGUUAUAAAUCUUCUCUUGAGUCACA